AUGGUGGAAGGUGGUGAACUUAGUUAUGAAGAGUUACUAGAUCAUAUUUUAAACAAUAAGCCCAUACCUAAUAUCGUUGAAGUAGCAAAUACUACGCUAGAUGAAAAUUUAGCUACUUCUUCUUCAUUGAAACCAAGAGUCAGGCCUUGGGAAGGACACCAGCAGCAUCAACCUCAUCAGCAAUUACAAGAUCCAAGAGCUGAUAUAUCUCUGAGUAUUGAUCAAGAGAGCCUGGAAGGCAUAAACUCAUUAUCAAAGCUGUCUGAAUACUACGAUAUACAGUCUAAGUUGCAGAUGAACGAUGGUGGUUAUAAUAGUAAUGACGAUAAUAAUGAUGGUAAUAAUAGUGAUAACGACACGGCUACAGUAAAAAGGAUAGUCAAGUAA